AUGCCAACUACUCGGAGCGGUAUGAACUCUACACCCGCUCCUCCUGCCGGUGCUGCCAACCAACCUGUCAGCCUUGCUACUUCAACUGUUGGCAAUACUGCCGGUACGCCUGCCAAUGCUACCGCGCCACCUGGUCGUACCCUUGCAAGCCUUGAGUUUGCUGUCGCAACCCUCUUUCGGGAGCCCCUAGACAGCCCACUCAUGCUUGCCCUUCGUCGUGAUGGUAGCAACUGUCUCAUGGAUCUCCUCUCCUUCUCUGAGGAUGAAGUCCGUGAACUAAAAUAUGAUGCACCUAUCAUCGACGGACAUGGGGCGGAUACUGGCCAAACUGAGCUUAAACAGCUUGAGCGGCCCCGUCGUGGUACCUUUCGGGCUUUACUUGGAUAUGCUCACCUUCGCCAACACAUCCAUCGCGAUCCGAUCACCGCAGAAAAUUGCAUGGACAUUGACGUACAAGCAUUCCAAAACUAUCGAUGUAGUGGUGAUUUUAUAGCUUUUAAUUUUAGAUCUAAGUUACCACCACCUCUUGUUCCCAAACCUGCUCAUCGCCAACCUGUUGACUCGUCGUCCGCUACUCUCCUUCCAACACAGAAGGAGACAAGUUCAGACAGUCACCUAGCCACCGUACGCAACGAAUUUGCACCCAAACAUGGGGAGUUACAACGGCCAAUGAGCGACGAAUCAGACCGCCAAUCUACAGUAGACGUAAAAAGUAAUCAAUAUAGUGACACUACUAGUCCUACUACUAAUGAUUCUUCCGCUCUACAACCUAGUAUUUGCACCUCUGAUGGUAUCAAUAUACUCACUGGUGGUCGUGCUGAUCAACUUAUUAGCACACCAAGCACCAUGAGUAGACUGACACUGGACAAACUUGACAUCACCCAUCAUGUCACAUUCGACUCCAAGCUUGAAUGGGACCAAACUCUAUUGGAUCCCAACAUUGACAAGCUAGGCAAACAAAUCUUCCAUUCUAAAAUCGAUCGCAACUCAAACUAUUUUAGUCUUGAAUGGGACCAAACCUUAUUGGACCCACAUAAUGGUGAUCUUGCGAACUUGUCCAGUCUUGAGUGGGACCAAACCUUAUUGGACCCACACAUUGACGACAUGAAUGAACAAGUUCUUAAAGAAUGUGAGAGUCAAUCUGAUAGAGUUGGCAUCCUAAAGUGUAGUCAAACUAUUCUAACUCUGAAUGAAGCCUCUGAAGAUGAGACUCCCGAACAACUAGAUGAUUUUGACACUGCUAUGGAUGGCAUUGGUAAUGCCACACUCGUCUCCAACCUUGACUGGGACCAAACUUUAUUGGACCCAAACAUUGGCAAUCUUGGCCGUAGUGUCUCUGCCAACAGCACUCGCCACGGCUUGCUCCUUCAGUUGACGGAAGCGAGCAUGGGGAGAGAUUCUGAUGCUCUUCUUCCUGAACAAGAUGAGACUGAGGAGUACCCAAUGGAUUUGGAGAAUGGGGAGCAACAGUGUGUGAUGUCUGAUAAGCUGGCUAUCGUACCGGCUACCAAGCAUCACAUGCCUACACCCCCACAAGAAGCCAAGCAACACGAGCUUACAUUUAAUGGAGUAAAAUAUAGAUCAGUUAAUAACCAUACUAUUAUCUGUUCUAUCCAGAAAGUCAACGCUCGUAAACACCUAGCUUUGAUUGAUAGAGGUGCCAAUGGCGGCAUUGCUGGAGAUGAUGCCCGCAUCAUCCACAAAUCCAAUUGUACUGUUGACGUACAAGGCAUUGACAACCACCAAGUGGCUGAUAUUCCUAUAGUCACUUCAUCUGGAUUAAUCCACACCCAAUGUGGACCUGCCAUUGCCAUCAUGCACCAACGAGCCUACAUUGAAAAGGGUCAAACCAUUCUGUCCAUUGGACAAAUGGAACACUUCAAGAUUGUCGUGGACGACAAGUUUACCAAAGCUGGUGGUCAACAACGCUUGGCAACACCUCCCGACUACGAUUCUGAAGAUGAAGAACGUCCGUUUGAUCUUGUAGGAGUCCUUAAGAAUAAUAAAGCUGUUACUUCUUUCAAGGAAUCUAAACUAGAUGACACUAUUGAUUAUUUUGAGAAUUUCAAUUGUGUUCUUCCAACUGAUGGACUGUACGAGCAGCGCCAUCGAGCAUCUGAAGACCUUACCUGGUUUGACUGUAACAUUGCUGAUCUAUUUGGCCUCGAUGCAGCACCAGAAGAUUCACCCAUCCCUGAGUGUUUCGUGGUCCAUGAGGCUUGUAAGCGUCCUUCAGUACUGUUUGACCCAGGACAACCAGUCAACUACGAUAUUGAGUCAGCUCCUUUGGAAGCCAAUUGUUUCAAGGACCUCAUACUCGAUUCGGACAAGCCUACUCUGAGGCGCAACCCACGCCAUAAGGCUUGGACGACACCUCAUGGGGAGUCAGAUCGUUGUCCACCGCCAAGAGUACAUUUCGAUGAUACUCUGACUGCCCACGAGAGUAGUAGUCAAACCAUAGCUACUAUAAAGAACUCUACACUAGAGGGUGCUAUUGCUUUCCUUACUGACUUUGUACUGGAAGACGACUUGCUCCAACAGUUGCCGGAAACAAGCAUGGGGAGAGAUGAUGCUACUAGUGCUCUUUCUCCUGUACAUGGUGGAAACAAGUCAGAUAGAGAGUCCGACCAAACAAUAGAUGAGAUAGUCACUAACGAAUCUAUUUUAGUUUGUACUCUUGACAUCCUUGAAGACACUCUAGACUGUACUCUUGACUUCCUUGAGCCACUCGACUUUGAUCUGAUCAAUCGUGGAUUGAGCACCGCUAACAUUCCAAAUGCCACGCUCAUUCCUAAGCAUUGUACUGAUCAUGACCGAAACGGAUUGGACUCAACGGCUAUUGGAACUGGAGAAGCUAAGCCGGCCUUCAACCAAGUAGACAGUCAUAAUUGUAAUAGAGCCUUACCCUUUACUACUAUGAACGGACAUUCUGCUUUAGAUAGUGCAAUCAACUUCUUUCAAUCCUUUGCCUAUGCGAAUCCAAUAGAUGGACUCCAUGAUGUCCAUCCUCCACCAACUUCUGAACUAGCUAGACUUGAACGUAGCAUGGAAGAUCCUAUCAACCUGGAUCGCACCAGUGCAACUCAAGUUGCACCGCCAGAGCUUGAGAUCUAUCAGUCUCACAAGCAACCCUCAACUCAAGAGGCGCGCUUUGAGCUGGUGUUGUAUCAAUCUCACCAGCAAUCCUCAGCCCAAGAGGCGCGCUUUGAUGAUGAUACUCGAAAGCCUGAUGGGAGAAAUGGUCCACCACCUUGCAACAGUUUUGAGCAUGGGUUACAACCAACUGAGGUUGAACUGAAGAACCCAAGCUCGGCUGUGAAGUCUCGUGAACGCGAUUGGGAGCGCCUUCGCAGCUACUUUGCAUGGUUGCCCAAGCUAGUCAUCCAAAAGAACUUGGAACACUACUUGGAAGACUCAACUCAACUAGCUACGAUAACUACUAUAGAUAUUACAGUAUUGGUGCCAUCCAACUUUGUAUCUACAUCUAGUGCUAGUCACCAAACCAGGGCCCGGCAAAUCUGCAGCUUACUACUUGCUGGGAAGCAUAGAUGCAGCCCACGCCAUGGCACCGAAUCGCCAAGCUACAAUGAUAGUAUCAUUGAGCGGUCUCCAGGCCUAUACCACCAAUGUGCUUGUAGCAGAGCUAACCGAAGUCUUCACUUUGAUGGCACAACUACAAUGAGCUCAAGUGACAAUACAAUCACAUAUGGACUCACUACAACUACAAUCAAUGGUAUAGAUCUUUGUCACUGUACAUUGGCAGUGAGAGACUUCCUCCAUUGGACAUACAUUGAUGACUGGAGAACUUUGUCAAUUGGACAGAAGCAAUUUGAACGAAGACUACUAGCUAAGAAUGAAAUGGUAAAAUAUAUCCACUUAGCAACUUGUCUAUGUACCAACGCUUUCUACAUGAAGCAAUCGACCACUUCAACUGAAGACCAAAUGGAUUCUGACCAUAUUGUUGCUCAGAUUCAUGGGGAGCAGACAACUGGUCCGCAACCACUGCUUGAAGGCAAUGAGCCACUCCUUGAUGGCUUGCCUUGGCAUAUAACUAAACAGUACAAGACGACAUUGUACCAACUACACAUAUGGCAUACCUUGUUGCCAUUACAUCAUGUGAACAAAGUUUUUCACCUACAAAGGUUUUCUUUGCCUCAUAUUGAUGGACCCAAGGCUACUGAGACUGUUGCCAACAGCUCACCAAGACCUAAUAUGAAACCAGACAACCAACAUGUUGUACUGUCGUUACACCGUGUAAGAGAGGCUAUUGCAUCCAAUAUGCUCCCCUUUCUAUACACCAAAGAUGCUAAACACCAGGCCGAUAUCCUUAGCAAACGAUAUCAACAAAGUGGCCGCAGCUACAUACACUACUUUUCUGAGUAG